GUAUCUGCGUCACUACGCUACAUCGCGCGUACUCCAGCCCCACAACCAGCUCGUGCGAGGAUGUUAAGUGGGACUCGGUGAAUCUAAACCGCGUCGCUGGUCCUGGCUCUGUGACCGGAGAACGGUGGAAAGGACACCGAAUUUCCUUGUGACUUGCCAUGACUGCUGAUGCAUGCUGGGAUUCAGUGGCCAGGCAGAAUCACAUUCAUAACCAGCAGCUCCAGCCAUCCCGAGAUCAUCGUCCAUCAAGUGCUCUACGGACAAUAGGUGGAGACACAAAACGGGUCACACGUACACCGCUCUAGUAGAGUGGCGAGGAGGACUACAUAUCCCAGAAGUCUUUAAGCAGCAAGCUUUCCUGGACCGCACUCGUUAAACACCAUGCAGUGCAGGAUCACCCUAUUGGAUGGCUCUGACUACACCUGCGCGGUGGAGAAGAAAGCCAAAGGCCAGGUCCUGUUUGAUAAAGUGUGUGACCACCUCAACCUUAUGGAGAAGGACUACUUUGGCCUGACGUACCGUGACGCAGAACAUCAGAAGAACUGGAUGGACUCUGCGAAAGAACUGAAGAAACAAAUUAGAACUGGACCCUGGAAUUUUGGGUUUAAUGUGAAGUUUUAUCCUCCUGACCCAUCUCAGCUGUGUGAAGAUAUCACCCGGUAUUACCUGUGCCUUCAGCUGAGAGACGAUGUCGUGUCGGGCCGUUUGCCGUGCUCCUUUGCCACUCACACUCUCCUGGGUUCAUACAUCGCCCAGUCUGAGCUGGGAGACUACGACCCUGAAGAGCUGGGCAGCGAUUACAUCAGCGACCUCCGCUUCGCUCCCAACCAGACCAAAGAGCUGGAGGAAAAGGUCAUAGACCUGCAUCGCAACUACAAUGGAAUGACUCCAGCUGAGGCGGAGAUGCUGUUUCUGGAGAACGCCAAGAAGCUCUCCAUGUAUGGAGUAGAUCUGCAUCAUGCUAAGUUGGUAGGGAGGCUGUUUGAGUGCUUAGCUCUGGCUAAGAAAGAGGAUUCGGAGGGAGUGGAGAUUAUGUUAGGUGUGUGUGGCAGCGGCCUUCUCAUAUACAGAGACCGACUGCGCAUAAAUAGAUUCGCCUGGCCCAAAAUCCUCAAGAUAUCCUACAAGCGGAACAACUUCUAUAUCAAGAUACGCCCCGGAGAGUUGGAGCAGUUUGAAAGCACCAUUGGUUUCAAGCUACCAAAUCACAAAGCUGCAAAGAGAUUGUGGAAAGUGUGCGUGGAACAUCACACGUUUUUCAGAUUGGUGGCUCCUGAAACUCCUGCUAAAAAGUUCCUGUCACUGGGCUCUAAGUUCCGCUACAGUGGGAGAACGCAGGCGCAGACACGCCGAGCCAGCUCCCAGAUCUCUCGGCCUGCACCGCAGUUUCAACGCUCCUCCAGCAAACGGAUCACCACCACUCGCAGUUUAGAUAACGCACCAGCCAUGGCCAACAAUGACGACUUGAUGAAGGACUCUAAACCAGCCUUUGCCAUUGGGACCCUCAUCACUACGGUAACGCCAGAGAAAAAGGCGGAGGAAGAAAACGCAGUCGAAGACGAAAGCACUCCUGCUACAGAGACAUCCGAGCCUGCCCCACCCACUGCUGUUAACAAGAAUAGUAUCAUAAGGCAGAUAAAGGGAGACAACGUGUUUAUCAAACACAGUAAUCUCAUGUUGGAGGAAUCUGAGACCUCAGAAGAGUUGCUCAAGAGUCAGAGGAACCUCAACGAGCUGAAGAGGUCGUUUUUGGAGAUGUGCCCUGAGUCGUCAGGAAGCAGUGAAUGGGACAAGAGGCUGACCUCUUCCCCUGCUCUCUGUCCAGGGUUGAAUGACACGACCAUGAUCAAACUUCUUUUACCCUUGCAGGAUACUGCAGAAGAUGCCAAAUCUGAACCUCCUCAGAACAUUUUGGAAGAAAAACCAGAGACCGCGGAGGCUGACUCUGCUGAGAGAUCAGAUGACCAACAAGACACUGCGGUAGUAGAGGAAGAUGAAGCUGAAGCUAUGUUGUCGGUGGAGUCGGGGGAGACUGUGCAACCGAUGACCAACGAGGUGCCUGUUGUUCAUACCGAGACCAAAACCAUUACGUACGAGUCUGCUGAGGUGGAUGCUAACGGUGACGCAGAUCCUGGAGUUCUGAUGAGUGCUCAGACCAUCACGUCUGAGAACAACAGCACCACGACCACCACUCAAAUAACAAAGACUGUGAAGGGAGGCAUCUCGGAGACACGAAUUGAGAAGAGGAUCGUCAUCUCUGGGGAUGCCAGCAUCGAUCAUGACCAGGCUCUGGCUCAAGCCAUAAAAGAGAUCAAAGAGCAGCACCCAGACAUGUCGGUCACCAAAGUAGUUGUUCAUAAAGAGACGGAGAUCUUGACUAGUGAAGGUGACCAGUGACGCAGGAGUAAACACCAGUCUGACAGAGGACACUGCCAUUUUCUCCACUCCAUUGCCCCAUGGACAUUUGGCUUCUGUGACCUUUUGAUCUCAGAUCCAGACAGCUCAGUGGAUGUGCUGGGACAUUGGAGAAGCGAUGAUUCAUAUGAGACACACAUACACACCCGCUCCAAUCAGCCCUGCACUCCAACAUUACCAGAAGCUCAGUUUUUUAUUGGAACAAUCAUUUUACUGUUAACAUCAAUAAUCUGCAGAAGCUAUGGACAUGUGAAAGCUCCAGAAAGCAGGAGAAUCUUCUCAAAAACUUUUUUUUUUUUUUUUUUGACCUUGAAGUGUUUAAUUUAUGCACCUUCAUUUUUAUUUAUAGCAGACACUUGAUCACCAUGCCAACGACAAAGCUAUAAAUCCAUACACCAGUGUUCCAGGGAGAUAUCGAAUUCGACACAGGUUUGCUGACAUGGAGAUUAAAUUUCGUCCAAGUGUCUUAAAUGUUUUCACUGAACUCUGACUGGCAGAUCAGAUUAGCAAAACUUGGAUUAAUCUGUACAUGGAGAAAACCAGCCCACAGGCCAGGAGUUAAUGGUAUUGAGUUAAACUGUUUAAGUCUUGUAUGUACAUUACAUAAGGUUAUAAUCCACAAUAGCAUUAAUUCUCUGUAUUGCAGUGUUUGUUCAUAAUUGGCCACUAUUAAAAGGGCUGCUCUUGGAAACUUUACUUGGAAACUCUAAAUCUGAUCUUUUUACUUUUUAUCUCAUUGUUGCUCUGGGGAAGAUACGGAAUUGUACGUCCUCAAAUUUUACACUGGCAAGUUCUAAAGGGGUUGGGGGGUUGACCCUUGACCUCUUGAGGCUUUUGUAAAACUUUGAUCCCAACAGUUUGUGUAUUUCAUUUUCCCCUGGUGACCUGAUAUAGAACCUGAAUUACCCAGAAUCCUGUUGACCUUUUUCUUCUUUCUAAACACACAACGUAGAUUAUACGGAUAUACUGCACACACACAAAAAAAAACACACAUUUGGAUGUGAUUUUAUUUUGGUUUUAUUUUGUAAUUAAAUAUUACUGAAGUCAA